AACUAGCUGUUCUUGAACAUGUUCAUCAUAACUAGCUUUUCUUGGAACUUGUAAAUCAUAACUAGCUGUUCUUGAACAUGUUCAUCAUAAAUAGCUGUUCUUGAACAUGUUCAUCAUAAAUAGUUUUUCUUGGAACUUGUAAAUCAUAACUGACUGUUCUUGAACUUGUAAAUCAUAACUAGCUGUUCUUGAACAUGUUCAUCAUAACUAGCUGUUCUUGAACAUGUUCAUCAUAACUAGCUGUUCUUGAACAUGUUUAAAGAUUGAGACGCAUUUAGAGUCUCUAUAUCUAGGAUAUUGACUUGUCUCUUUAUCUAGGAUGUUGACCCGUCUUUAUUACUAGGAUAUUGUUGACCCGUCUUUAUUACUAGGAUAUUGUUGACCCGUGUCUGUAUCUAGAAUGUUGACCCGUCUUAAUAUCUAGAAUGUUGACCCGUCCCUAUAUCUAGAAUGUUGACCCGUCCCUAUAUCUAGAAUGUUGACCCGUCCCUAUAUCUAGGAUGAUGUUCCGUCUCUAUAUCUAGGAUGUUGACCUGUCUCUAUAUCUAGUAUGUUGACCCAUCCCUAUAUCUAGAAUGUUGAGCUGUCUCUAUAUCUAGGAUGCUGACCCGCCUGCUAAUAUUCUGCUUUAAAUCAAACCAUGAUCCUGGAAAACAAUUCCUAGAGGCAUAUUCUCAGGCACUGUACCGUGAUAUGGAUAAUAUGUCUGGCCGUAGAAUAUUAAACUCUGCGAUAAUACUUGCAGCAUUUAACCAUCUACCUACAUACUUAGCUAAGGGAAUAUUCUCCAAUGAGUUCAUGAAUAAACUUGAUUCUGAGAUAAAGAUGUAUGAUGACAGUAGAUCAUAUAAUGCACAACUAAGGUAUUUAAUGAGAAAUAAUAACAUUAAAAGCAAAUACCCUGACUUAGCCCCGAUUUAACGUCUAUGCAUGUCA